AUGCAACUUCCUUCUCUAUCUAAUAUUGCUUUGUCACUGCUAUUAGUUGCUAACACAGCUAAUAUGGUGCAAGCCAAAGUAAAAGUUCCCUCAUGGAAUGAAGCAUACAAAAAAGCGAACGCUUUGGUCGGCCAAAUGUCCCUUGAUCAAAAAAUUAAUGUUACUACUGGUGUCGGCUGGAUGGGAGGUCGAUGUGUCGGUAAUACUUACCCAGGUGAAAGCCCUGAUUUCCCUGCUCUCUGUCUGCAAGAUGGUCCUUUGGGUACGCGUUUUGCUGAUAACGUUACUUCAGGUGUUGCUGGUAUCAACGCUGCUGCUUCAUGGGAUAAAGAUCUCAUCCUUGCUCGUGCCGAAUACAUCGGUCAAGAAUUCUAUCAAAAAGGUGUGCAUGUUCAUUUAGGUCCUUGUAUGAACUUUAUGCGAUCUCCUGAAGGUGGUCGAGGUUGGGAGGGUCAUGGUGAGGAUCCUUAUCUCCAAGGCAUUGUUUCUGCUUUGACCGUAGAAGGUAUUCAAAGUGAAGGUGUGGUUGCUACUGCUAAACACUAUGUUCUCAAUGACCAAGAACUCAAAUCGAAAGCAUUACACGAAAUCUAUGUAUGGUCUUUUGCUCGCUCUGUAGAAGCUGGUGUAGGCUCGAUCAUGUGUAGUUACAAUAAGGCCAACGGUACUUACGUCUGCGAGAACGAUUAUCUCUUGAACACCUUGUUGAAGAAGGAGCUAAACUUCAAAGGCUUUGUCCAAUCUGAUUGGGGAGGAACUAUGUCUACUGUUCCAGCUGCUAACAACGGUCUGGACAUGACAAUGCCUGGAGAUAUUACCUUCAAAUCCGGCGAUUCAUAUUUUGGUGCCAAUUUAAUCAAAGCGGUGCAUGACGGUGAAGUCAAGGAAGAGCGUGUCACUGAUAUGGCUACUCGUAUCGUCGCUGCUUGGUACAAGGUUGGUCAAGACAAGGGCUUCCCAGAAACUACUAUCAGUGCCUUUAAACGUGAUCAAGCUGUCUUUAAUAACGUUCAAUCAAAACACAGGGAAAUUGUCAGAAAAAUUGGUGCUGCCUCUACUAUUUUGCUCAAAAAUGAUGGCGUACUUCCUUUAGCUAAGGAUACAAAAAAGAUUGCCCUUGUCGGCAGCGGUAUCAAGGCAAACGCAGAAUAUGGCAUCAAUGGUGACGGAACUCAUUGCACUGAUCAUGGUUGCAAUAUAGGUCAUGUUGCUCCAGGUUGGGGUUCUGGCACUGCUGACUUCCCUUAUCUAAUUGAUAGUCCUUCGGUUCGUCUAGCCACUCACUGGCCUUACAAAUGCUUGGGAAAAAACACUGAGAUUACAACUGCUACGAACGAUUAUGACCUUAACGCUGCUGCUAAGGCUGCCAAGAAUGUGGAUGUUGCCUUUGUCUUUUCGAGUGCAGACUCUGGUGAAGAAUGUAUCGACGUCGACGGCAAUGUGGGUGACCGUAAAAAUCUUACAUUAUGGAACAACGGUGACAAUUUGAUCAAAGCUGUUGCUGAUGCCAAUACAAAUACUGUCGUCGUUAUCAAUUCUGUCGGUGCUGUGCUUAUGCCAUGGAUAAACCAUCCCAACAUCAAGGCUGUGCUUUGGCCUGGUCUUCAAGGCCAAGAAUCUGGUAACGCUCUGGCUGAUGUUGUUACUGGUAAGGUGAAUCCCUCUGGCCGUCUUCCUUACAUAAUUGCUAAAGAUUACAACGACUACAAUGCUCACCAUGCCCCUGCCGAUCCUAUUAACUACUCUGAAAGUCUUCUUGUUGGUUAUAAAUGGGUUGAUCAUGCUAAUAUCGAACCUCUCUUUGCCUUUGGUCACGGUUUAUCUUAUACCAACUUUAACUACAGCGGCUUGAAGGUGAAGGCUAAAGUUCAUAAGGAAAUUGUACAGUUGUAUGUCUCAUUCCCCGAAAAUGCUGGAGAGCCACCCAAACUCCUUCGUGGAAAGAAGACAAAGGUGAGCUUUGAGCUCGGGAAGACUGAACUUAGUAUUUGGGAUACUUCUUCAUCUUCUUGGGUCGUUCCUAACGGCAAAUUCACAAUCCAUGUUGGCGCUUCAAGCCGUGAUAUUCGUCAAUCCGCUGAUUUUACAUUAUAAACUUGAUGAUUUUUCUUUUUGAGAAACUCAAGCAUUAUAAAGAAGAAGGAUGUCCUAUUAUUAACAUUGUGUAUCUGUAAAUAUUUUUGAACUAUAUAACAAAACUAAUAACUAUUAUACUAUUUUUUUCAAGUAAAGGAAAUCUUUAAUGUUAUUAUACUAUGGUUUUUAAAGAGCAUCUCUCGAAGAACACUAUCUCAAGUUUCCCCCCCCAAGCUCUCAAUUUAUACGACGACCGACCCAAAGGAAUUUGCUUGCGAAAAUCAGACAUUCGGAAUAGAAUGCUUCAUCACAGGACAUUAACGUUGUUUAAACACGUUAUUUUUUUGUCGAGAAGAGCCAAACCAGCAAGUUUAAACAAUUAAUUCAUUGCAACAUAGUGGGUAAAAUAGAAAAGAGAAC